AAUAACCCCUCUGCACAUCCUAGUAAAGAUUACUUUUCUGUCUGGACUUUGAAAAUUUGCAGUAAAAUUCUUCAGCAAGAGAAUUCUUCAGCACUGGGAAAAGUAAUGAGUAAAAUACUUAGUGUUGUAAUACCUUUUCUCAUCUGUUUAGUCAAUGUUGCUGUUUAAUAGCACUUUGAAGCUCAGUUACCUUGCAGAGAAACAUUACUAAAGAAAGCAGUCAUUUUUAGUUCAAUACUGGCCUUUUUUAUUUCUAAUUGUAAUUUUUAAUUCAAAACAAACUUAUUGUAUAGCAUAAGAAUGUUCCUUUGUUUUCCUUUGUUCACAAUUUCUGUUAAUGGGAGUCCAGUUUAGGGGAGCCCAGUCACACUCAGCAAACUGGGAAGGCUUCAACAGUGGUAAAUGCUUGGGGGGGGUUGCAAAAUGCCUCAUGUGAUGCCUUCUAUUCUCAGCAUAGGUUAAAAUUAGAACUAGACUGACAUUGCAUUGGAGUCUGAGUGAGAGUUUUAAAUGGCUUUGGUAAUGCAGACAAGAUUCAUAAUUUGUCUCUGCUCUUGUCCAGAAAGCAAUGAGUCACAGAAAAUCCUUGAAAACACCAAAUAAUUAAGUGGUGCAUUGAGCCUGAAAUUCAGUCAGAUUCCUGCAAGCAAAUCUGAACAUGUAGAGGAUCAUGGCUGAAACUGCAGUUUGCCUGGGAACAUUCUCUGCUGUGAAGACACUCUGGGAAGUGAGAAUACACAAGAUAAAUGAAGAAUUACAGAGAGAAAAGGAGUUCAGGCAGAGGUCUGCAGGAAGGCUACUGCUUGUCUGGGAGGAGAGAGCUGCUUUAGCAAAGCUCAAAGAAAAAGUUAUUAAUGAAGGUGGAAGAGCAAUUUUAAGAAUAGAGGAGGAAGAAUGGAAGACAUUACCUUCGUGCUUAUUGAAACUAAUCCAUCUCCAGGAAUGGCAGCUUCACAGAACUAGUUUGCAGAAAAUUCCUCAGUUUAUUGGAAGAUUUCACAGCCUUGUUGUUCUGGAUCUAUCCCGGAACUCAAUUGAAAGUGUACCUAAAGAAAUUGGCCAGCUGACCAGCCUCCAAGAGCUGCUUCUCAGUUACAACAGAAUAAAAUCUGUUCCUAAGGAAAUAAGUAACUGCAUCAGUCUGGAAAGAUUGGAACUGGCUGUCAACAGAAGUAUCUGUGAUCUUCCUCCUCAGCUCAGUGAUUUAAAGAAGCUGUCACACGUUGAUUUGUGCAUGAAUCAGUUUACUGCCUUCCCUUCAGCUCUCCUCAACAUGCCAAAUCUAGAAUGGUUAGAUAUGGGGGGAAACAAACUCCAGGAGCUUCCUGAUGCAAUUGACAGAAUGGAAAACCUCCACACCUUAUGGCUCCAAAGGAAUGAAAUAAACUCUUUGCCAGAAACCAUUGCUAAUAUGAAAAAUCUUAGUACUCUUGUUCUAAGCAACAACAAACUUAAGGAUAUUCCAGCUUGUAUGAAGGACAUGACAAAUCUGAGAUUUGUCAACUUCAGAGACAACCCACUGGAGCUGGAGGUAACACUCCCUCCAUGUGAGAACACAGACGAGGAGCAGCAACAGGAAAUGUUUGGCAUUGACUUCAUGCACAUGUAUAUCCAGGAAUCACUCAAAAAAACAGGAAAUGUGGAAAGUUGUACUUCUGGUUCUCCUCCUGUCAUGAAUGCUAAUGAAUAAAGAAUGUAACUGUGAAUGGAAGAAAAUAUCAAGUACACAGCAAAGAGGCUACAACAGGUUUCAAAUAUUCUUAGGGAUUUUAUUUUUCCAUUGAUGAGAAUUGGUUUGCAUAUUUGUAAUUCCCAGUGAAACUGGAAAAUAUAAGACCUUUUCUUGGGUACAGGAAAAAUGAUAAAGGUUUCUUUUUGUAAGAAA